CAUUUUUAUUUCUAAACCUAUUUAAUUUUGACAAAGUAUACGUAAUGUCAAGAAGAAGAGAUAGAAAUCGCAUUUCUUCUUUAUAUUUAAGAAACCUAAGCUAUAAUACCACGAUUGAGGAUCUACGCCCAAUGUUUGUUAAAUUUGGUCCUGUAAAAGAUAUUUAUAUACCUCGGGAUUAUUAUACAAAAGAAGCUCGUGGUUUUGCAUAUAUACAAUAUCAGGAUUGGCGAGAUGCUGAAGAUGCUCUAUAUGAACUUAAUAGAGUUGUUAUAAAAGGUAGAGAAGUUGAAAUAGAAUUUGCUCAAGGAGAUAGAAAAACUCCUUACGAAAUGAAGGGUAGAGGUCGGGGAGAAGUUAGGAGAAGCGGCUGGAGAAAUAGGGAGAGCGCUUCUCAAAGCCCUGACAGUAGGAGUAGAUCGGGUUCUACAUCUUCGCCAAAGCAUUAUGGUAGAAAAAAAGAAACAUCCAAAAGAAAGUCGGAAAGAAGUUUUACCAGAAGUCGCUCAUCCAGUCGUAGCCGUGAUAGUUUUUAUGAUAAGAAUGGUAGCAGAAGUCAUACUAAGAGUCCCCAUUUUGCCAGUCAGCAAAAUGGCAAACGCAGAGCCAGAAAACGAUCUCUUACUCCAUCAUCCAGAUCAAGAUCACGAUGAACAUGUCGAUCAGAUUUAACAUAUAUUCUUAUGCUCUUUCAUAAAUAUAUUUUUAAAUCUAUAUGUUAAUUUUUUUUCAUAAUACAAUAUUUUAUUUGUUUGUUAACUGUUCCGGCAGAUAUUUUAAUAACAUUACUCCCUACUUUAGAUCAUAAUGAUUAUUUUUGGAAUAUAUCUUGACUUUUUACUCUAUUUAAUAUACUGUAUAUCCUAUGUAGGUUGGAAUAAAUCCAUAGUAUAGAGUUUAUAUAAAAAAUUCUUUCUUUAUAACAUAUCAAUAUAAUCUUAAUCUUAGUCACCUGUUUA